AUGACGCAGAAAGCGGGAGCGACGAAAGCUCCUCCUCCUCCGACCAGUUUUGUGAGAAGAAAGCGCAGACAAAGAAGCGCGCAGACAUCGAGGACGCGCGCAACAACACCAACGAAAGAAUCGGGAGGAAAAGGAAAAGAAGUUAACAUCAAAAUCUUCCUCGCGUUGAGACCGUUAGACGGCUUCGAAUUUGUACACAAACUGUUACGAAACGGGAAACUCUAUCCUAAAACGUUCUUACACCACGCGACAGUUCUGGAGAUUUUGAACGACAGCGAGGAUGAGCGCACGAAUUCUUUACAGUAUUUAGUCGAUUUCGCGCCGAAGAAUUCCUUACAAAUCGAAACCGCGUUCAAACUGUUAGUCUUAAGAACGCAAGUUCCAGGAGUCAUCAGACACGAAAUCGUGCACAAAACGUUCACCAGGAAAUACGCAUCCAGCGGGUUAGAGUUUAUCGGAGAAGUGAAACGGAAAUCUAUCCUCGAAGCAGUUUUGUUCGCACUCAGUUCUUCUUCUUCCGACGACGAAGAAGACAAAAACAACAAAAUGAAUACGAUUUUGUACGAAGCGGUCGAUCGCGUCUCCGCUGUGGAGUUUUACGCUUCGGACGACUGGCGAAACCUGGCGUUGUGCGAGAACGAUUGCAGAGAUUUCGCAAAGGCGUAUUUGAAGUACCUGUUAAACGAUUCAGACGACGAGGAAGGUAACGAGGAAAGUGCUGUUAGAACCACCACCGAGUCGCGGUGA